ACGCGUAAGAACACCAGCGAGGAGGAGGAAGGGCACCAACAGAACAGAGCGCCAAUCCCACGGAGGUUUCGAGCGGAGAGCACAGGCGAGUCUCGAUGGCGGAGGGGACGAAGCCGGACUUGCCGCUGUUCCAGCUCCUCUCUGACCUUCUCCAGCAGGUGGAGUCGAUGAGCAACCAGGAAGAAGUAGAGUUGCGUGCUAAGAUUGAAGCACUAGGAUUAGAAGUUACUAAGGUACCAGAGCAGGCACCUAAGCAUCUUGAUGAGCUAGAAAUAGCUGCAGAGCUGGACAAACUAUCAGCAAGGCUAGAUAACGUCGACAAGAUGAUAUCAUCUGCCAUGGCCUCGGAUCCGGAAGUGAAGUCUCUUUUGAGCAGCACUGCUAAUAUCUGGAUGCCCGUCAUCACUGCGUCUGCCGAUGAGAGACGGGGGUUUGCAGGAACAAGCAGUGAAGGCAACCAGGAAGAGCAGGAGAAUUCCAAACAACAGCUUGCACAUGGGCUGUAAUUGUUUCACCUUGUGAGUUUGUAUCAACCUUCCAUAUGUUCAUUCAAAUGAGCGCUUACAUCACUACAUGUAUCAAAAGUUUUUGACAAAAUCAACAAUAAGCACACAUGAUUGUCAUGUACAAUAAGUCAAUAAUGAGCGAGGUGAUAAAAUUUA